AUGGCCUCUUCAUCUCUCUCGGAACCUGCCUUUUCUGGCUGUAUUCUGCUGGUCUACGGGAUCCCUGGCUCGGGAAAGACACUGUUGGUCGACUAUUUGUGCUCUCAUUCUCCUUGGCCGAUGUUGCCAAUACAUUUCGACUCGUUUUAUCCAACUGACACUAGAAGUGUGUCGCCUUCCGACCUGCGUACGGUGGUGCUCGCUCCGCUAACCGAAUACCGUGUUUCCCGUCCACAGGACGGCUCUGAAACGGAGGCGGUAGGGUUCCAAACGAAGGAAGCUAGACAAGCAGUGGUCCGGUGCAUAGAGCACCUGAUAGAGCUGAGUGUGGUGGGGGGCAAAGACAGCACUUUACCUCAGCUCUGGGACACCUUCACUAGCUACCUCCAGAAAUAUCCCCACCUCCUUACCAGUGAUAGGAGAGGGACCCAUCUUGUCUCACCAAGUGUCGUGGUGGCGGAUGAUAAUCUUCCUCUAAGGAGCAUGCGAUAUGUUUUCUAUCAAUUGGCAAAGAAAUAUUGUCUUGGUUUUGCCGAAAUCUGCGUCAGUUGUGAUCUGACUGUGGCUCAGGACAGAAACAGGAGGAGACAGAUUCCCAUUCCCGAUUCCACGAUUACGAACAUGGAACGGAGCCUGGAGCUGCCCGAACCGUCCAGUCACGGCUGGGAGAAACGAAGCCAUGUUCUCUUCAACAACAGCAGUUCAAGGGAAGGCUUUCUGACCGAAGGACUGAUAGCAGGCAAAGAGUUGAUAUCCGGAGCACUUGCUAAUCCUGAGCAGCCGGCCUCUCAACAAGACCACGAAAUGAAGGAGGCAUGCAGAGUUGAGAGCUUAGAGAGUUAUGUGCAUCAAGCAGAUAUCAUCCUGAGGAAAUGUGUCUCUUCAUCAAUCGGUGAAUAUAAAGGUACAGAGAAAGGUAGCUUUGCAAAGAGAUCCAACUCAGUGAGAAGAGAGCUACUGACUGAGAUCAAAACUGGAGGUCUAGCAGGACAGUUUCUGACUGCUGGAUUAGCAGCAUCUAGUAAUGAGUAUGAGAGUAAAAUACGGCAACGGUUUCACUCCAGAUGCACUCCGGAAACUCAAUGAUAAUGUGAACCCGAGUUGUUGUGUUGUGUGUGAGUGUUUCAGUCUUCGAAGAAUGUAGUGGCGGCAUCUCUCAGGGCCGAGCUGGCCUCCGUGAGGAACGUGUCUCUGCUGAUCUUGUCGAUCUCGGCUCCGGGCGGGUCCUGACUGAAGCCGCUCACCCCGAGGCUCUCCAUAGCCGCGAGGUACUGCUGACGAGACACGCUACCCUUCCCGGCCAGGUCCAGCAUCCCGAACACGGACACCACGUUGGACUCGUCCACUAGUGCAGGCGGGCUCUGUGCCGGGUCCGCCUUUGCCUUCAACAGUUUCUCGACUUGUUCUUUCAUGAACUGCCGCGGAUCAUCCGGUCGGUGGUAGACCAGUGCGGCCGUAAGGUUCUCCAACAACCGUGGGAUCUUGUGUUUCCGUAGGUAGUUCGCCGCCUCAGUCUCCAUAGGUCCAGUGGCGAGCUCGUCUUCCAUGCCCAGCUCUGCUGCUGGCUCCAUUCUCAGAGAGUGCUGAUUCAGCGUUUAUCGGUUGUCAUGACAAUAAUACCGAAGCUCGGGAGAGGAGGCUGCACAGCAAGAACUGCAGAG